AUGCGGACGAUGAAGACGCAGGGCGGCCGCGGCGCGGGCGGAGGCCAGAGCGGCCGGGGCGGCACGGGCGGAUCGAAUGACCGGGGCAUCGAGCUAGCGGAGCCACGGGCGAGUGCAGCGGCCAGGGCCGAGGGCCCGCGGGCGAGCGCGACGGCCGGGGCGGAGGGAUGGCGGGCGAGCGCGGCGGCCGGAGCGGACGGCCGGCGGGCGCGCGGCCGGCAUCCAGGGACCAGCCACGGGCGAGCGCGGCUGCCGGGGCGGGCGGCCGGCGUCGGGGACGAGCGGACGGGAUGUCUUAUUCUCUCCUCCGGCCAGAACCCUCGAAGCAGCAGCUUCUUCGAUCACCCUGCGCCGCGGAGCAGCGCUGCCCCACUCCCGUCCAUGGUCUGGAGCACGGGCAGCGACCCAAGGCAUGGGAAGCUCAAGGCCAAGGCAACUGAGUGGAUGCAGCCAAAUGAUGAUUAUCGAUAUGAUGCACAACCAUCACAGAGGCCCACAGAUUUUAUUUGCCAACCUGGUCCAGCCAUGCACAUCGACCUUCUCAACAGGGAGCGGCUUCGUUAUCCAAUGGUCACAAUGGAUAUACGAGAUAGCCCAUGGUGUAUGCUCUUUGCGGAUGAUGUGGUGCUAGUCGAUGAUAGUCGGACGGGGGUUAACUUGGAGAGAAAGAAGCUAGUCGUUGCAGACCAGGUUAAGAAGCGUCCGACGAAGGCUCUUCAGAAGUGUGCUAGAGAUUUUGCAGAUGGGCUGUUAGAGUACAUUUUCUCAGAGAAUGAGAACUACAAAUACGUCUUAAUUGCCACUAAAGAGAAUGCCAAUAUGCUUAUGAAGGAGGGUUUUAUUUCUUCUUAUGCCCGAGAUGAAAUAUUACAUGGUCUUGAAAGGAUUAAAAAGGACAUUGAAGAAGGAAGAUUUCAGUGGAGGGAUAAUAAAGAUCUAAGGACUAAUAUUAUUGACACACUCAUUGAUAUAGUUGGAGGGCCAGCCAAGAGACUGGAUAGAGUGAUAAGUCAUUAUGUUCAACUGCUAACAGUCCUCCAAUCAUGGUGUCAUGAUUCCAUUGAUCAAGUUAUUUCUCAAACAAAAGAACUCCAGACUGAGCUUUUUUUGCUAGCAAUCAGAAAUGGGGGAUUGGUCCUCCCUAGCAUAUGGAGGCGUGCAAACUGGAUUCUACUUGGUGAUGUGGUAUUGUCGCAACUUGAACAGCUUGACAUGGAUGUCUCUCAGCUUGUUAGUUGUAAAAACAAGAUGGAUUCUACACUACAAACAGCUCUCCCUUCAGACAGCACCUAUUGUUCUAUGAACAGUUUAUGUAAGGAUCCACGUCGCAUACACAAUUUCGCUGUGGAAUUUGGAAAUUUGAUUGUUGGGGACAUCUCCCGCGAUCUUUCAAAUAUUGGAUUGGAGCUGAGGUCAUGGAUGGAGUUGCACUUGUUGACACCAAAUGAUAAAGUGAUUGAAAGUUUUUCGCUUAUGCGAAAGCAAAUGCUGGAUCUAGAUAAUUUAACAGCCACACGGAGCGCUUAUCCUAUCUACAAUCCUGUUGAGGAUAGCAGCAGGCGAUUUUUGGCAAGCUUUAGAAGUGUUUCAGAAAUACUUAAAGCAGCCAAAGAAUUUGCAAAACAAUCAUCUUUUGAUCAUGAAAAGGCUCGAACCUUUCUUGCGCCAAGAGAUAAUUUUGGUGCUUCACAACUAGCUGAAUUCCAUGCAACUAAGAGUCUAGACGGUCAGAAUAAAGAUGAAGGAGGUAGUGCUAUCGAGAAGCAAAAUUUCAGAUUACAUAGCGAUGAUACAAUGAGGAAAUUGCUCGAUUGGCCUCGACGCCUUCAGUCGGAGAAAAAUAACUAAUGUUUUUUACUUGAAACAAACAGUCGACACAGUUAUUUAUUUUCUUUAGGUAUUUGAAAGAGCCAUCCUUGUGGCCCUGUAUUAUGUGAUGUGUUCAGCAAGGAUUGGUUUAUUCUGCGAGGAGAGUUUUCAGUUUUUCUAAUACAUGUUGGUUUGAUCUAUCAUCAGGCUGGAGCAUGAUACAGUUUUUUUUGUUUAGUCUAGGAACAUGAUAUAGCUAGGUAAAGGAAAAUGUUAAGACAACCCGGAGG